GGCAGGGCAGCCAAGAACAGGCAGCUAAAUCAGUUAACUUUUGUACUCUGUUCGAGGUGAUACGCUUUCAUAAUGGCUAGUAUUGUGCGAAAAAUUAUUUCUACUGCAAAGUGUCCUAAGGCAGCAGCUCCCUACAACCAAGCAGUGAUUGCCGAUCGUACGGUCUAUUGCUCCGGCGUUCUGGGCAUGGAGUUAGGAUCGCUGAAACUGGUCGACGGAGGAGCUGCAACCCAAACCGCUAAAGCACUUCAGCAUCUGACCACACUGUUGAAAGAAUCCGGAUCCAGCAUUGAUAAAGUCGUGAAAACUACAAUUCUGUUGACUGAUAUGAACGAUUACGGGGCCGUUAACGAUGAGUACAAGAAAGUAUUCACUAGCAACUUUCCGGCCCGGACCUGUUUCGCCGUCCAUAAACUUCCGCUGGGGGCUGCUGUAGAAAUUGAAGCUAUUGCAUUGGUGGGUGAUGUGAUGCAGGUUUCAACGUGACUGACGACCAAGCUGUAGUUCUUGACUUCCGCAAUUUAGGUACCUACGGGUGUGAUCCCGAUUUGCUGUAACAGCUGUUAAUGCGCUUCAUUAAUUUGUUUCGUGUUUAUCAAUAAAGUAAUGUUUAUAGUCGUCA